GCGCGGGCGGUCGGAGAAAGGGCGGCCCGGGACUUCCGUCUGGCCUCCCUGGUGAUCCCAUCCAGGUGAACAAAAUGGCGUUCCUCUCUGAGAAUGAAGGGACCACUAGGACCUUGCUUCAUCAUGUGCUGGAGACGCAGCCUUUAAGCUCCCCAGUCUUAUCUAAUACUAGGCAAAGCAAGAGAAGUCUUUCCACAUCCAUGGGCCGUCCACGCCGAACCCUACGUGACCCUCCAUCUCGAACACUUCUGAGUAAGCAAACAAAGACUGCACCUGCUCAGCCAAAGGACAUUGGAGCUGAUGGUCAGUUCUUUGUUGAGCACUAUGAUUUCUUGGAAGAAGGCACACCCAGGAUUCUGCUGAAGAAAAUCCUGCAGACUGCUUCAGAAGCCUCUGUCCUGGUACCAGCGCUGGUGAAUUCACAGGAGCCAGAACCUGUUGAGUUACAGGAGGAAAGCAAGUGGAACAGCCUGGAGUUGCAGCUUCCUGAGCUGGAGCCCUCUGUGACUGUAGCUCCAGGGCUACUGGUCCACAGCAGGAAGAAACGUUGCCUUAGAGUGUCUGAGUUUGAACAGGAAGUGGACCAAGGACUGGCUGUUGCUUCAGAUCUCACUGGAAGGCAGCCAGCUUCAGCCAGCAAGUCCUCUGUGACCAGGUCCUUCAACCUGACCUUGGCCACAGUUAGGCCCCCUGAGUCUGUAGAGAGGCCUGGCUUGGCCCGAAGGCCCCCAAACCGUAAGGCGAUUGACGUAGAAGCAUUUGAACAAAGACUGAAGGACAUCCCACUGACUCCUCUCCCAGACUGUCGCACUUAUCACAGUGCCACUCCUGUAGAUGAGGAUAGGCCCUUCCAGGCGAGUCCUGACUCCAGAGGCAUCAGGAGAAGCUUGGCAAAGGGCCAGGAACUGAAGGCUGUGACCCAGAAGGCUAAUCAAAGAAUGGAGAAGGGUCCUAGGAAACCAACUAAAUCUGGUACAAGAAGUCCAAGUCAAAAUACUCCCCUCUCUACCAUCUCCAUGUCUACUGGAACAAGAAGCAGACCUUGGACAGGAACACCAAGUCAAAACAGCUGCUUUUCUGCUCACUCUUUAUCUGCUAGAAGCAGCAUCUCCAGGGAAGCCAGAGCAAAGUCAGGUGUAGCUCAUCAAGUAGAGGAAGAAGAGGAGAGGUUGAUGGAUGAUGAGGCAAAAGAGUCUGAAGAGGACACAGAAAUCCCCCAAAGCACUGGUAAUAUCAGGGUCCAGCCAAGACCAGGGAGCUGGAGAUGUAGUUUGGGGCCAUCUCCUAAAGGACUGCCAGCCGACGAGCAGAGACAUGGGUUGGACCCUUGUGCUCUUGUCCUGCCAGGUUCCUGCCAGGUUGGUGGAGCCAUCUUGUUUGUGCUAUUCCUGAUUCCUAGGUUGCCCUCCAAGCCUACCCAGGCCAAACGUGCUCCCAAGCGCCGUGCCCCAGGCCCUAGGCAACCCCGUGAUCCAGACAAAGUUGGCUUGAACAAUUAUUGCAAAGCCUUCAGCUUCUAUGCCAAAAUUCCUAUGGAGAAGUCAGCCUCUCAGACCCUGAUGAAGUGCUUGAACCAGUAUUUCAGGACCCUUUGUGAUGACCUAGAGACCUUUGCCCACCAUGCAGGCCGAAAAACCGUGUUGUUGGCUGACUUGGAGCUGUUGAUGAGGCGGCAGGGCCUGGUGACUGAUGAUAUUUCCCUCUACGUGCUUGUGGAGAGAUUCCUGCCCUUGGAGUACCGGAGGCUGCUCAUCCCCUGUGCAGCCAGUGGCAAUUCUGUCUUCCCUGCUGGGUAGGGACGCUGCCGCCCCAGCUUCUCUAAGUAGAGAGGUGAGCAGGAGCCUGAAGCUGAGGCUCCUUGGAGGCCUUCACGUAAGGCCUUUCUAGGAGUGGACUCUUCACAUACUACUGUCAGUGUCAAUAAAAUGUGAUAA